AUGCGUUUGGACAAGUACGAAAAGGAGCUGCAGAUCGCCCAGCUCGCCGUCCAGCGCGCCUCCAUCCUCACCAAGCGCGUCUUCCACGAAAAGGCCAAGGGGACCGUCGACAAGAACGACAAGUCCCCCGUCACAAUCGGCGACUUUGGCGCGCAGGCGCUCAUCAUCGCUGCCCUGCAGCACAAUUUCCCGGACGAUGCCAUUGUCGCCGAGGAGGAGUCUGCGAAGCUCAAGGAGGAUGCUAACUUGAGGGCUACUAUUUGGGAUUUGGUCAAGGAUACUAAGUUGGAUGAUGCUGCUGCUGAAGCGCUGCUCGGUGGACCUAUCAAGGAUAUCGAUGCCAUGGUUGAGCUUAUCGACAAGGGAAACAGCCAGGGCGGCUCUCAAGGACGCAUCUGGGCCAUUGAUCCCAUCGACGGUACAAAGGGUUUCCUCCGCGGAGGCCAGUAUGCCGUUUGUCUCGCCCUCAUGGUAGAUGGUGACGUCAAAGUUGGUGCCCUGGGAUGCCCCAACCUCCCCAUCGACAACGAUGCCCGCCUCACUGCCGGCAUUGGCGAGAACCAGACCGACGAGGGCCACGGCGUGCUCUUCUCCGCUGUCCAAGGCCACGGCGCCACGAGCCGCCCUAUCGCGACAGUCAAUCUCGACGUUGAGGCCGGCACGCCCAUUUCUAUGCGCGCCAUUGAUGAUCUGACAAAGGCCAACUUUUGCGAGAGCGUCGAAGCUGGACACUCGUCCCACGGAGACCAGGCUGCCAUCUCACAGAAGUUGGGAAUCACUGCGCAGAGCGUUCGCAUGGACAGCCAGGCCAAGUACGGCUCCAUUGCCCGUGGCGCAGGCGACAUCUACCUGCGCCUCCCCGUGAGCGCGACGUACCAGGAGAAGAUCUGGGACCACGCUGCUGGCGAUCUCAUUGUGAGGGAAUCUGGCGGCCAGGUCACGGACAUCCACGGCAAGAGGUUGGACUUUAGCAUUGGACGGACGCUCGCUGGCAACAAGGGUGUUGUCGCGGCGCCAUUGGCGGUGCAUGGGAAGGUGUUGGAAGCGGUGCAGGAGGUGUUGAGUGCCAAGUUGUAA